UCUACUUGCGCUAUUGUUUCUCUAUGGUAUUAUCGUAUAGCUCAUUUUUAUCAUACUAUAUUUAUUUUGAAAUAUUUUUUCUUGUACCUAGCUGGUCAAAAAUCCAUAAUAGAAUCAGCUACUCUUAUCAUGAUGGUAUUUCCCUCGAUUUUUUCAUGAAUUUGUAAGGAAAUUUCAGUUACAAAUUUAUUUCAUCUAUCAUUCAAUAAUCAUUAUUGUUUAGUCUAAUAAGCUCUUUGGAGUUCUUAAGUGGAGUUCUUGAAUUCUGUGUUCACGGUUUUAAUUCUAUUUUCUCCAUUUACCUGAUUAAUCUGCUCUCAAUUUAUUAAAAAAAUGUUGCUGAAACUUUACUUUGAAAAUAGUUUUUGUGGGUGCUCUCUAAAGGCAGGCACUUUGUUUAUUGGAUGGCUCUAUUUUAUUCUGUGCCUCGUUCCCAGUUUGGUAUUCAUAUUAAUUGGUACAAUACAAAUUCACAAAUUUCUGGAAAUCUACUUUGAAAACCAACGGUUAAUUGAAACUGCAACAACAAAGUAUGAUAAUUUUGAAUCAGCAACAUUCCACUAUUGACCUAGAGCAAGAAACUCUGAAAGUUUCACAGAAUCUUAUAGAAAAAUGUAUGAAUUGGAAGGAGACUCUUAUAAUAGAAAGCAUAUAGAUGAUGAAUCCGUUGAUGACCGUCUUGAAUCAUCAUCAAUGAAACCUGAGGAUGAAGAUAAUGAUGAUUCUCUCACAUAUAAGAGGAUUUCAGACACGGAUCCAAAUAAAAGAUUCGAAUACAUUAUUGGUGGAGUGAUUAUAGGUGUUCAAGAAGGUGCCUUUCUCUACUCAGUGAUACUUGGUUUAUUAUUUGGAUUUGGAGCUAAUUUCAACCUUUUUCUGUUGAUUGGUGCUUAUUUUGACAUUUCGCUGCCCAUUGUGAUCUGGUUGGCUGGUCAGACAUUGUUUCUACUAUUUGUUGAUUUGAGUCUACUAGCAGCGGCCUUCUAUUCAGCUAAUAUCUUCCUUAUACAGUCAUUGAAAUUCGGUUUCAACUUGUAUUGUCUACUUGUUGUGAGAAGUCAUCUUCACUUCUUAAACCAAAGUGUGAAGUCGAAAUCUAUCCAGGCUGUCUAAGUCCUUUAAAUAAUACCAUAUAGUGAGGUCCACAUUAUAAUGGCAGGGUUUGAUUAGCAAUUGUAUUGUUAUCCUUGUCUAUCAUCCAACAAAGUGGAUAGAGCUAUGAGGGAAAAAUAAACACAAAUCCCAGACUGUGUCUGUUAGUUGUCAAUAAAUCAUACUAUACACAGCAUCAUAUGCCAUGCCAUUUGUCGUUCGAGUCUAGAGUCAUUACAUGACAUAUCUAUCUCUUUCUCGCUUUGUUCUGUUGCCAGAUCGUCUUUUAACAAUGCAGAGUUGAUAAUUGAUCAACAAA